GUCAAGUCAAGUCACGGGCUCACGGCGCAGACAUUCAAUUGUGAUUCACAUUCACAUUCACAUUCGUGCAAACGUACAUUGUGCGCGCAACGCAACCACCACCAUCUCCCCGCCCCCAGCCCCCUUGCUCGCGCACCACCAACACCGCCACCGACAACACCUCCACCUCCCCCCCUCUCCCCCUCUGCAGUAAUGUCCAUCUUUGACUACACUGCACCAUGGCCAAUCUACGGUGUGACGUGGUCCAAUGCUCCAUCCGCCCGAUCACGCAGCGAGCUGUACGCUCCACGGACAGGCAUGGUCGCAGGUGCAGGUGCAGGUGCAAUAGGAGCUCGAGUGGCCAUCAGCAGCUUUGUGGAAGAGGCGAACAACGAGGUGCAGGUGCUGGGAGUGAGGAAUGGCAGCGAUGGGCCGUAUUUCGAUGCGCUGGCCAGCACUCCGCAUCCCUAUCCCGCUAGCAAGAUAGCUUGGCAACCAUCCACGCUGUCCAGCGGCGAUGCUUCAGAAGCUUGGCAGGACAGAGAGCUGCUAGCCACCACUGCAGAUUGUCUGAGGAUAUGGGAGUGCGCUUCGGAUCAGCAGCAGCAGCAGCAGCAGCAGCAGGAUGAAGAGGCGGCUGCUAGCAGCGGCGGUGGUUUCGUUGGCGCUGCGCAUACACGCUUGCCCUUUUCGCUCGUGGAAAAGAGCGUGCUGGCACAUGCCAGCAAAAAUUCCACCUCACCACCCGCGCCCUUGACGUCGUUCAGCUGGAACGCUCCCUCGCCGUCACUCGUCGUCACCUCCUCCAUCGACACGACGUGCACCAUUUGGGAUCUGCCCACUCGCACAGCUCUCACGCAGCUCAUUGCGCAUGAUCGAGAAGUGUACGACGUGGACUGGUGUCCAGGCUCAUCGGACGUGUUUGCGAGCGUGGGUGCGGAUGGGAGCGUGCGCGUAUUCGAUCUCCGGUCGUUGGAGCACAGCACCAUCAUCUACGAGACUGGCGCGCCGCAAUCCAGCAGCGCAAGUUCUAGCAGCGGUGGCGGUGGCGGUGGCGGCGGCGGAGCAGGAGGUCGCAACGGCAUCAUGCCGUUUCCCCUGCUUCGCAUCGCCUUUAAUCCCUGGGACGCAAACUACCUGGCCACAUUCGCAGCGGACACCAACGUCGUCUCUAUCCUCGAUGUCAGGGCGCCCGGAUCGCCCAUUUUGGAGUUGAGAGGACAUGCAGCAUCGAUCAAUUCCGUCGCUUGGGGUCCACCGGGUGCGGGAAGCAGCUCUUCGUCGAGCAAGGGCAUGAUCAGCACGACGAGCGAUGAUGGGCAAGUGUUGGUGUACGAUUUGGCAUCUAGCACUCUUCGCAGCGCAUCGGCCCAAGGUAGACGGUCACGCAACGGUCGAGGAGGAGCAGGAGGCGCGACGAGCAGCAGCAGCGAACAACCUUCACCGGCGCACACGCCAAGCACGUCCUACUCUGCUUCUCCUGCUCCCAGCAGCGGCGAACAAGCAGCAGCAGCAGCAGCAGCGCAGAUUGGAGGUAUGGUGGAGAAUCCGGUAUUGGCGCACUCGGUGGAUGCGUGCGUGAACAACUGCGCGUGGCUCAGGCCGUUUGAGAAGCGCAGCAGCAAGGCUGUUGUGGCGACGCCGGCGGCGGCGGCGGAAGAUUACUGGAUGGCCGUCGUGUCGGGCAGGAAUCUGAGAGCGUUGGCAGUGUAGCGUGGAGCGUGGGCGCGCGUGUCGACCAGAUGCCAUGGAUGUAUACCCACGCGGAGAGAG